CCACACUCGUAUUACAUACAUACAUACAUACCUCAUACCUACAUGCAAGCUUAAGAAACUUGAGCUCAACUAAAAGCUCCAUUCCGUAUUCGACAUACUCCAUACAUACCUCAUAGGUAUCCUUCCCAAAAAGAAUCACACAAUCGCAACAAUCAGCUAGCUAGCUUGCUUGUCUCACUUCGGCUUCGACUUUCGACUUCGGCUUAGCUCAUCUUCGAAAACAAGAAGAACAAAGGAAGAAAAGAAAAGAAGGGAAAAAAAAAGAGAGGAAAAAGAAAGGAAAGAGAAAAAGAAAAACAACAAGAAAAAACAAUGGCCACCUCUAGAUACUCGCCCGACCUCCUCCCGCGGCGGGAAUCCUCUCCCCGGCCGAAGAACGUCUCGGCGGCGGAGAGGCGGCGACCACGGCUGCUGAGGGCGUGCGCGACGGAGCCGUCGAUCACCACGUCGAACGCGUGCAAGGGCCUGCUGACGAGCCCGAACAACACCGGGAGCCGCCGGGCGACGGACCUGCUGAACCGCGUCGCCGUAGUGUGCACCUCCUCUACCUCCUCCAACGCCAACGCCUCGUCGUCGCCGCCCUCGUCCGCCCGCAGCAGCUUCACCCUCGACGCCGCCCCCGGCAACGGCCGCCUGUCGGACUCGGCUCGCGAUCCUCACUCGGUAUGCUACUUCAGCUUCCCUAGCUUCGACGCCUGGGAAGUCAGCGAACAUCCGGACGAGGAGAAGAUGGAACGAUCGGCCUAAUUACCGUUCAUCCUCUUCCUAACCCUCUAAUCGGCGACUUUACUUGUUCAAGUUUACUGAACCAUCCAUCCAUCUCACCUACGGCCGUCGCCCCCCCCUCCUUUUCUCGUAUUGGAGAGAGGAGAGGAGGGGCGAGCGAAUGGCCGGGAUCCUGCGGGGUUCCCCGAAUUCUCUCUCACACGACACCAGACAUAAUACGAACUC